AUGUGCGCUCCCGACCAGAGCUGUGUGCAAUACUGGCUGUUGCCCGAGCGAGCACCCGAAUGGUACCGGAAGUUGGUCUUGGGCACUGGCAGUGGGGACCUCCACGUGCGCUCCGCGCCGAAGGACUCCUUACCCCUGCUAGGCCACAUCGAAUUGACCGUUCCCAAACUGGAGGAUGCCAAACUAUUCUGGAUGGAGGGCCUGGGCUGCGACGAGACCUACAACGCUUCCACGAGAGAGUUGUGGGCCCAUCUUGGACCUUCGCAGGUGCGCUUCAAGGAGGGAAGCUCUUCGACAUCUUGGCCUGGCGAGAUCCGCAUUUGGGUCGAGGACAUCCGCUCGGUGGCCGAUAUGCUGAAUAUGUUGGGUCGCACUCUGGAUACGAAGAUUGUUGAAGAGAUGCGAGAAGCCCGGACUGGUGGAGAAUAUGCAGCUCUUUUGCAUGAUCCUGGGCUGAAGAACAAGAUUGAAGCCAGUGAGGCACCCGGUGGGUGGAGCGCUGCCCUUCGGCAGAUCCCCAUCGGCUUGUCUGCGCAGGCGAAGAAGAAGAACGCAUUGGCCAUCUCUGAUGCUGUUGUUCAUCUCCCUACGCGGACACAGAUUCAAGGUGUAGCACGUUUCUACGACCACUACAUUGGCUCUGCCAUCACCAAGAAGUAUGCUGUCUACGAGGCGCAGGCGUUGAUGGACAUUUGCAUCAUACACUUUGCUCCUGGGGCGAAGUUGCAUCAGACUUUGACCUACAAGGCAGACAAAAGAUAUACGGUCCCAAGCAGCUUAUCCUCAGUAUGCAUCUACAUGAAGGACCAUGGGCAGUUCCACCUGGCCUAUGCCAAGUGCAAGACCAGUGACUUGCUCUCCAUCGAGUGCUCCAAGAAAUCCUGGGAGGAGAUCGAGUCCCAGAAGGAGUUUCUCAUCACAGGUGUGAUGGACCCACAGGACCACAGCAUGGUCCUCCGAUUACCCCACAUUCUCAGAACACUGGAUCAUCCUGAAUGUCCUCUUCGCCCAUCAUAG